CCUACUUUUAAGUAACACGUGGAGUGUGUUAAAUAUUUGAUUCACGUUAAUAUGAUGGACUCUGUAAAUCUCAAGAGAGUCCACAGACUUUACAACAACACAGAAAUCUCAAGAGAGUCCACAGACUUUACAACGCCACUGUGUUGUGUUAUGAACGCACUGUAACCUAGUAAUAAUUUUGUUUAUACCAAAUACUUUUUGAGGAAAAGUUGGGUGUUUGAAAAAGCUUAAUUCAGAGCAAUGGAUGCGUUGUGUGCGGGCACUGCACAAUCAGUGGCAAUUUGCAACCAAGAGAGCACAUUUUGGGGACAGAAGAUUAGUGGAAGAAGAUUGAUAAACAAGGGUUUUGGGGUCCGGUGGUGCAAGAGCUUUACAACUCAACAAAGGGGUAAAAAUGUUACCUCUGCUGUUCUCACCCGUGAUAUAAACAAAGAGAUGCUGCCAUUUGAAAAUUCAAUGUUUGAGGAACAACCAACGGCAGAUCCAAAAGCUGUUGCCUCUGUCAUUCUAGGUGGUGGUGUUGGAACUCGUCUUUUUCCUCUUACAAGCAGAAGAGCUAAACCAGCUGUUCCUAUUGGUGGUUGUUACCGGCUAAUUGAUGUACCAAUGAGUAACUGCAUUAACAGUGGCAUACGGAAAAUUUUCAUCUUAACACAGUUCAAUUCCUUUUCCCUCAAUCGUCACCUUGCCCGCACGUAUAAUUUUGGAAAUGGAGUGGGUUUUGGAGAUGGAUUUGUGGAGGUUUUAGCUGCAACCCAGACUCCAGGGGAUGCAGGAAAAAUGUGGUUCCAAGGCACUGCUGAUGCUGUGCGGCAAUUCAUAUGGGUAUUUGAGAAUCAGAAGAACAAGAAUGUCGAGCACAUAAUAAUUUUGUCUGGUGACCAUCUUUACCGAAUGAACUACAUGGACUUUGUUCAGAAGCAUAUUGACGCAAAUGCUGAUAUUACAGUUUCAUGUGUUCCAAUGGACGAUGGUCGAGCUUCAGAUUUUGGAUUGAUGAAAAUAGAUGAAACAGGACGUAUCAUCCAAUUUGCUGAAAAACCAAAAGGCCCUGCUUUGAAGGCAAUGCAAGUUGACACAUCUAUCCUCGGACUAUCUGAGCAAGAGGCGUCCAAUUUUCCUUACAUUGCAUCCAUGGGUGUUUAUGUAUUCAAAACUGAUGUUUUACUAAAACUUCUCAAGUCAGCGUACCCUUCAUGCAAUGAUUUUGGCUCUGAAAUUAUCCCUUCUGCUGUGAAAGAUCACAAUGUCCAGGCAUAUUUGUUUAAUGAUUACUGGGAGGAUAUUGGAACAGUGAAGUCUUUCUUUGAUGCCAACUUGGCCCUCACAAAGCAGCCUCCAAAGUUUGACUUCAAUGACCCGAAGACCCCGUUCUACACUUCUGCUAGGUUCUUACCUCCUACAAAAGUUGACAAAAGCAGGAUAGUGGAUGCAAUAAUUUCACAUGGCUGCUUUCUGAGGGAAUGUAACAUUCAGCACUCCAUAGUUGGUGUACGAUCACGCUUAGACUAUGGUGUUGAGUUUAAGGAUACCAUGAUGAUGGGUGCAGAUUAUUAUCAAACUGAAUCCGAGAUUGCUUCACUAUUAGCAGAAGGAAAGGUUCCAAUAGGGGUCGGGCCAAACACUAAGAUACAGAAAUGCAUAAUUGACAAGAACGCAAAGAUAGGAAAAGAUGUGGUUAUUCUGAACAAGCAAGCAAGUAUCUUUUUUUUGAAGUUUGAAAUCAUCACGAAAGUUAAUAUUAGUUUAACUGAUGCUUGGAUGUUGUUGCAGGGUGUUGAAGAAGCUGAUAGGUCAGCAGAAGGAUUUUACAUUAGGUCCGGGAUUACCGUCAUAAUGAAGAAUGCAACCAUUAAAGAUGGGACAGUCAUAUGAAAUCUUGCUAAGUGUUCUUGCUAGUUGGGAAAUAAAGUAGGCUGGUAUGGUCUAGUGAUAUGAAAACUAGUGAUAUGAUGAAUGUGCUACUAGGGCUUUUCUGACAUUGUUUACUUUCUACCUAUGACAUAUUCACUUUCUUGGACUUGAUGAAACACAUUUCCAAGUGAACCUCAGUCCUCCAUCUUUUAAGUGUUCAGCUGCCAGCAGCUUAGUGAGUGUCUUUGCCGCCUCGCUUCAGUUUCCACCAUUUACAUAGGGGGUUUGACAUGGGGUUUGCUGGAAAAUUAUAUUGUAUAUAUAGGUUAGAUAUUACUUUU